CAGCUUUUAGGUUUGGAGUUGCAAAAUGUGGCUGUGGGAUAUUAGAAAUUGUAAAUCAAUCUCGAUGUCCCAUGUACGUGCUCCGGAGAGUAUUCAGACCCCCUUCCAUCUUUCACUCGUUGUUAUAUUGCAGCCAUUUGCCCAAUCCCUCCAUGCAUUUCAAGUACAAAUAUAUCCUGGACGAAAACCUGGCCCUCUCCAGAGUUCCCAGGACCUCAGACUGGGUUGAAGGUUCACUUUCCAACUAGGCAAUGGCCAUAAAUACACAGCUCAAAUCCCAAAGGAGUGGUUUCAGAACAACGCUGUGACUGUUCUCGAAUGGCCCAGCCAGAGCCCCGACUUAAACCCAAAUGGAGCGUCUCUGCAGAGACCUGAAAAUGGCUGCCCGCCAACGUUCACCGUCCAACCAGACAGAACUGAAGACGAUCAGCGUAGGAGGAGGAAUGGCGGAGGAACCCCAAAUCCAGGCAAGCGCCGGGCUCCCGUCGGGCCCCGUGUUCCACGUGGUCCUGGGAAACGAGGCCUGUGACCUGGACUCCAUGGUGUGCGCGCUGGUGUACGCCUACUUCCUGUCCAAGACGCGGGGCGACCCGGCGGGGCUCAGCGUUCCGUUGCUCAACAUCCGCCAGGAGGAGCUGGCGCUCCGUUCCGACAACACGUUUCUGCUGCGCCAGACCGGCCUGUCUCCGGACUCGCUGCUCUUUCGGGACCAGCUGGACUUGGCGCUGCUGCGGGGUUCGGGCCGCCUGCGGCUCACUCUCGUCGAUCACAACACCCUUCCCAGUUCAGACGCUGACCUGGAGGCGGCGGUGGUGGAGGUGAUCGACCAUCACGCGCUGGAGCGGGAGCCCGGUCAGUCCUGCUCGGUCACCGUGGAGACGGUGGGCUCCUGUGCCACUUUGGUGACCGAGCGCCUCAUCCAGAACGCUCCGCACAUCCUAGACAAGCAGGUGGCGCAGCUUCUCUACGCUACCAUCCUGACCGACUGCGUCAACAUGGCGCCUGUGGCGGGCAAGGUGACGCCCAAAGACAGCCAGUAUGCCGCCGCCCUGGAGGCGCGUUUCCCCUCAAUGCCACCGCGCGGCGCUCUCUACCAAGCGCUGCACAACGCCAAGUUUGACUUGUCAGGUCUCAACACGGAACAAAUGUUGAUGAAGGACAUGAAAACGCUGGCAGGAAGUUUCUCCAUCGCCGUGUCGGUUCUCUACCAGCCCAUUGAGGCUUUCAUGCAGAGGGCGGAGCUGGAGGCGGAGCUUUCUUUCUUCUGUCGGAAGUUGUCUUUUGACCUCCUGGUGCUGAUGAGCAUUUCCUUCACGGAGGCCAAGCAGCCAAUCAGAGAGCUGGCACUCUUUAGCCACAGCGCCCCCCGCAGAGAACAGGCGAGCCGCUUCCUGGAACGGGCCGGAAACCCCGCCCUCGACCUCCGUCCCAUCGGCAGCCCCCAUCGCCACGUGGCGGCCUAUCACCAAGGAAACGCGUUGGCGUCGCGGAAGAAACUUCUGCCGCUGCUCAAAGACUUUCUGAGGACGAGCGACGGAGAGGACGACGAGGACGGAGGCCGAGUGCCCCCCACGCCCAUGAACAGCCUGGUGGAGGGCUGCCCUCUGGACGCCGGGCCGCCCCCCAUCAGUGUGGACGCACUGCACGACAAGUUGGGCAAGAUGGACGCCCGCUGACCCCACGGGCUGGGGCACAACCUGGCAAUAUAUCUUCCCUGCAUGGACUUUUCAACAUUUAGCAUUCUAUGCAAAAUAAAGGGUGAAAAUUU